GUAAAAACGCAUCUCAUCAGAGAGAUGCUGCUACAAAGCCUGCACGGAUUAUACAAGGACGGUCUUUCAACACAUCUGACGCCUUCAGGGAAGCUUUUAUAUUAAUUGUAUUAUUUUUAAUUUUUGACGGCAAUCUGUUAUUUUGUCCGCGGGAUGCCGAUGGCCACCAGCAGCAUCAGCACCAGCAGCACCGGAGGGCCGUGGAUUCAACCAGCACACCUAGCAGGCUGAGACCUUGCUCCCUUGCCUGACCUUUGACCCCUGCAGAAAAACGACAGACUGAUCACCAUGAUGCAGCAGAGAGCUGACUUAUAAGAAACCUGAAAUACAAGCAGAAAGAUGACAGAGAGCCGGAGGAGGAGGGAGCUGAAAGACACUAAACGGGAGGAAAAGUAGGGCAAAAUAAAAAAGGAUGUGAAUGUCGCACCGACACUGACCUGUUUCUUCAUCAAACCACCUGCAACAAGCUUCAACAAAAACCAAAACACUUUCAGCUUCCUGCAGAAAUGUGAGAGGAAGACAGCAGCGUGAUUGUUUCUUACCGACAAAAUCUGUAAAUGUGGAGUAUAAAAUCAGAGACAGCAAUUAAGAUUGUGUUACAACGACAACCAAAUCAACAAGAUUGUACAACAAACUGUCCGGAGAAUUGUCGGAAUAAAACUGUAAUUUGUGCGGAGACUUAACUCUCACGAUGACGCACCUCCACGCCGGCCUGAGCCCAGAGACCACGGAGAAAGCUCGUUUGGAGCUGAAUGAAAACCCAGACACUCUGCAUCAGGACAUCCAGCAGGUGCGGGACAUGAUCGUGACGCGGCCGGACAUCGGUUUCCUGCGGACGGACGACGACUUCAUCCUGCGCUUCCUGCGAGCGAGGAAGUUCAACCAGACGGAAACCUUCCGGCUGCUGGCCCAGUACUUUCAGUUCAGACAGCAGAACCUCGACAUGUUCCAGAGCUUCAAGGUGGACGACCCCGGGAUAAAGCGCGCUCUGAUGGACGGCUUCCCAGGUGUGCUGGAGACUCCGGACCAACACGGCCGCAAAAUCCUCAUCCUCUUUGCCUCCAACUGGGACCAGAGCAGGAACUCCUUCACAGAUAUCCUGCGUGCGAUCCUCCUCUCCUUGGAGGUGCUGAUAGAGAAUCCUGAGCUUCAGAUUAAUGGAUUCAUCCUGAUAAUCGACUGGAGCAACUUCUCCUUCAAGCAGGCGUCCAAACUGACGCCCAACAUCCUGAAGCUGGCCAUCGAGGGUCUGCAGGACAGUUUUCCGGCCCGUUUUGGAGGGAUCCACUUUGUGAAUCAGCCGUGGUAUAUUCACGCCAUGUACACCAUCAUCAAGCCUUUCCUCAAGGACAAGACCAGGAAAAGGAUCUUCCUCCACGGGAACAACCUGAACUCGCUGCACGUCCUCCUGCAGCCGGAGUGUCUCCCCUCAGAGUUUGGGGGGACUCUCCCUCCCUACGACAUGGGGAUCUGGGCGAGGACGCUGCUGGGACCCGACUACAGCGACGAGACGGAGUACACACUGACCUACGACGCUCUGCAUGUGAGGGAGAGCUGCGGGGGAGAUAAGGAGCUGAUGAAGAGGUCUCAGUCGGUGGUGGAGCCAGGAACUCUCCGACAAACGGACAGAGAGACCAGCACGCCGCUCCUCGCCCUGGACUGAACACACAAACACAUACAUACACACACACACACACACACACACACACACACACUAGAGCCGUCACACACACCGCCCCGCACACACAUCAUGUACAGACUGCAACAGACACCCACUUUUAGAAACACUGCUGUGUAUCAAGCUGGUGGCGUCCUUUAGCAACAUGAACUCUGACAAUGAAUUUCCUGUACACACACACACACACACACACACAGUCUGUCUCUGAGCCGCAUAAUGCCUCCCAGCUGAGCCUCUCUGCAAACAGCAGCAUCUGUCAACAACAACAAGCACACACUCUGAAGUAUAUGUUUGUGUGUGUGUGUGUGUCGCCUUCAGCUUCAAGUUUUAAUUCAGUAAUUCUGUCAGAAACAAGGGGGAAUGUAUGAGGAAUGUAAUCUGUUUCUGAGACUGAAACUCUAUUUAAACCUCAGAGGAAAUCGCUGACAAAAUAUAAAAUCAUAUCCAUAAAAAUUAAGAAACAUUCAAAGCGGGUUCCACCAAAAGAAAUACAUGUUUUGAUUCAGAAGUUAAGACAAUGCUUGUUGGUGAAACUCAGCCUUAAAUGUUUGAAAGAGCAUUAAUCUUUUGCUUUCGGAUCUUAAAUCUACAGUUCAGGUAACUGACAGGGCGGCUCUAACUUCUUUAUCUACUUGCUGGAGUAUUUCCUCAAAAUAUUAAUCAAAUACUUUGUAUUUUUCUGACAUUUAUGUCCCGAUAAUCUGAAGGAGAAAGACAUUCAUUAAAACCAGGAGGACGAAUAAGAAACCUCACUUUGGUAGAAUCAUUUCACCUUUUUUCUUUCUUGUAAAAACCACAGGCACUUUGCACACGUUUUUCUAAAUGAAAGCACUGCACAUGUUGCCACCAAUUGCUAAACACUAUAACGGGAUCACAUGCAUGAAAACUUCAAAACAAAUAUUCUACCAGAGUGAAAUAUUUCUUUCAGAUAAAGUAUUGUGCUGUGAAGAAACCAUAGGAUGCCAAAUCAUCACCUUUACCCUCGACUGAAGUGUAGGGAAAGAUUGUUUUUAUUGAAUCUAACUUAUUAAUAUUAUGAAGAUUGUACAUUAUUGUUAUAAGUAUUAUCACACUGCAAAAAGACUGACACUCUUGGCCUGUUUUAUCCUGAGAUAUUUGAAGUGUAAUUAUCAUCCUGCGCUGUAAAACGUUUCAUGUACUUCUGAGGAAAGAAAGGUUAAGUAGCAGGUUGAUCAUUUCACCAAAUAUCUUGAGGAGUAUUUGUAAAUUAUAAAGGCCAGUGUGUCAUGAUUUUUUGCAGUUUGACUCAUCAGGGCUACACUGAUCUCCACUCGACUGUAAUGUAAUGUAUUUCCUUUCAAUGAAUGUAUAGAAGUAAACAUUUACACCAACGGGAAUGUGCUGUGAUUCAUUUAGGCAUGGGGCUCUUAUUUUGUAAGGGAUCAUUAAAAAGCAACACGUGUCAUGAAAAUCCAAAGAAACACACACUUUUGUUUAGUGGUUUUUAUUUUUUUCUGAAUUUUUCCUUUAUUUUUAUUAUAAAUAUAAAUCAUCUUUGACAACAUCUUGUGUUUUCUGUGCAAACGGGAUGAAAAAGUGAAACUGAAAACUUGAUGAACUGAAAGAAAAUGCACUGUGGUAGAAAUUAAGGCUUUUUUCAUAAAAUGCAAAAGAAGCGUUAUCUUAAAUGGGUGCGAGACAUUUGAAAGUGAAAUGAAAAUAUUAUUUUUAUAUUACACAAUAUAAUCUAAAUCUUUUUUUCGUGGCAAAAGCUAUUCUGAUGGUUUAUUAGUGACACCAAAAUAUGAAGCCUGUGUAAUAUUCUGAGAAAGAAACUUGGGGAUUUAAGUAGUUCCGUUAUAGCAUUUUUUGGGAUAUUCCAAGAGUGGUCAAUUCACGAAAUAACUCGCAAAGUAACAAAAGAAAACAUGAAUAUUUCCCAAGAUUAUAGUGGUUGGUUUACAAAAAUGCCGUGAGAAGGAGUCCCUUAUUCUCAGAAAAUUGAACAUUAUUUUCAUGCAAAUUUAACAUAAUUUUCUACUAAACGUUAUACUUUUGAAUCUCAGAGAAUAUACAAAAAGCAUUUCCUGUGAGCAUUUGAGUUUUUUUUCUUGUUAACUGCCGGUGUUUUUUGCGUAAUUUCAGAUUUUAAUUUCAGAUAAUAAA